CCGCACGCAUGUGAACCCGUCACUUUUGACCGUCACUUUUGACGUGUUGGACACCGACUUCGAUGUCAUUUUGGGGAUGCCUUGGCUUUCUAGCGUGGACCACACGGUCAAUUUUCAUCGACGCACGCUUACGAUUCGUGAUGCAACUGGCGCCGAGGUCCCAUGUACUAUUCCUCCCCCUCGCUCUUCCAUUCGGUGCCAAGUCGUAAGCGCCAAAUCUUUUCGAGACACAUGCCGUUUCGAGCAUGUCGAAGAGAUUGGCAUCGCUUUUCUUCGAACCGUCCCGACUACCAAUUCAUUGUCCACGGAUGUGUCUUCCGACCCCCGCGUGACCCGGUUGUUAGACGAGUUCUCGGAUGUUUUUGAGACACCCUCCGGUAUAGUGYCGGACCRGCCAAUCUCUCACGAGAUCAUACUUGAGGYCGGCGCCRUGCCACCGAAAGGAUGCAUUUAUCGCAUGUCCAAGGAGGAGCUCACGGUGCUCCGUGCGCAACUCGACGAUCUACUUGACAAGGGUUGGAUCCGCCCUAGCAGCUCACCUCACGGUGCGCCCGUUCUCUUCGUUCGGAAGAAGAACAAGGACCUUCGACUUUGCAUUGACUACCGACGCCUCAACGCACAAACCAUCAAGAACGCGGGGCCUCUACCUCGCAUUGACGAUUUGCUUGAGCGGUUGGGCGGCGCCAAGUACUUUUCGAAGUUGGACCUCAAGUCGGGCUACCAUCAGAUUUCCAUCCGCCCGCAAGAUCGGUACAAAACCGCGUUUAAGACGCGAUAUGGGCAUUUUGAGUGGGUAGUUAUGCCUUUUGGCCUCACCAAUGCCCCGGCUACCUUUCAGGCGGUCAUGACCACCGAGUUUCGCGCUAUGUUGGACCGUUUCGUUUUGGUCUACUUAGACGACAUCCUCGUCUAUAGCCGAACUCUAGAGGAGCACCUCGAGCACCUUCGCCGUGUUCUAGAGACUCUUCGGUCAGCCCGGUACAAAGCUAACCGCGACAAAUGCGAGUUUGCCCGGCAAGAGCUUGAAUACUUGGGUCAUUUUGUCUCUCCGGAAGGYAUYCRUCCGUUGGCGGACAAGAUUCAAGCCAUCCAGGAGUGGCCCGAGCCGAAGAAUGUGACGGACGUCCGAUCCUUCCUCGGCUUGGCCGGUUAUUAUCAGCGCUUCAUCAAGGGUUACUCAAAGAUCGCGGCCAACCUAAACAAGCUACAAAGUGAGGAUUGCCCUUUUGACUUCGACGACGAUGCGCGCCAUUCUUUUGAAACACUCAAAGCGGCACUCUUAUCCGCCGAGGUGUUACAUAUUUACGACCCGCUUCUAGCUACGCGCGUCACUACCGAUGCGUCGGGCUAUGGCAUUGGGGCCGUCCUUGAGCAGCACGACGGCACGGACUGGCACCCGGUCGAGUACUUCAGCAAGAAAGUACCUCCCGUGCAUUCGAUCGACGACGCACGGAAGAAGGAGCUUCUUGCCUUCGUCCACGCCCUCAAGCGUUGGCGACAUUUCCUCCUUGGUCGGAAAGCAUUCCGAUGGGUAACGGAUAACAAUCCGUCGGUAUUCUACAAGUCGCAAGGCACGAUUAACAGUACCAUUGCCCGAUGGAUGGCUUUCAUCGACCAGUUUGACUUUUUCCCCGAUCACAUUCCCGGGAAGUCAAACCGUUUUGCGGACGCCCUCUCACGGCGACCGGAUCUUUGCACCGCAGUCUACUCUACCUUCGAGAUUGACGACGACUUGCGGGAGAGUUUCAUCCGCGGCUACCAAGCCGACCCCCACUUUCGCGACAAGUACGCAAAUUGCUCCUCUCCGAAUCCGGUGCCUUCACAUUAUCGGAUCCAAGAGGGCUACUUACCUGUGCAUUCACGAGGUAAGGAUCUUCUUUGUGUGCCGAGUGAUUCACACUUGCGCACACGGCUUCUGGGCGAGUUUCAUGAUACGCCCGCCUCAGGACAUUUUGGUGUCAACCGUACACUUGGCCGACUUCGCCAGCGGUUCUAUUGGCCCGACCUUCUCAAGGACGCCACCCGCUAUUGUGAGUCAUGYGAAGUUUGUCGGCGUUGCAAGUCACGCAACCAUCGUCCAUUCGGCGAGCUACACCCAUUACCAGUACCCCUUGGGCGACGGGAAGCGAUCGCUAUGGAUAUCACCGGCCCCUUCCCAAAGCACAAGACCGGCGUUGAUGGGAUCUUCACRGUCGUCGACCGCCUCACCAAGUAUGCCAUGUUUUUGCCUUGCCGCUAUCACGCAAAGGCACCGGAGUUAGUCGAGGUCCUAUACACCGGUUGGAUCCGCUCCAAGGGCUACCCCAAGGAGAUCGUUUGCGACUGGGACACUCGCUUUCUCUCCGACUUUUGGGUCGCCCUUGUCAAACGAUGGGGCUCAUCGUUGAAGCCGAGUUCGGCUCGCCACCCGCAAACCRACGGUCAGACGGAAAGGGCGCAUCAGACCGCUCAAGUCCUCCUACGCACUCUCAUCCGUCCUGACCAGGUUGAUUGGGUCGAGCGCUUGCCAGACGUGGAGUUGGCUUACAACUCAUCGAUCCAUCCGGCUAUUGGGAUGUCGCCAUUCGAGUUUGAGCAUGGUUCACCCAUCUCAUCGCCGCUGGACGUCAUUUUACCGCGCACAGCCGAGAGCGACGACCAUCUUGCGUUCCUUCGUCGCAUGCAAGAGCUCCUUGUCAAGGCACGGGAUCAUAUGUCAAAGACGCAAAUACGGAUGAGCCGCCAAGCCAACCGCAAUCGUCUUCCUUGCCCGUUUCGCGCCGGCGAUCUGGUUUGGGUCUCCGCCGCGGAGUUCAGCCUUGAACAAGACAUCUCUCGCAAGCUCCUUCCCAAAUGGAUGGGGCCUUGGCGCAUUCUCUCUGCAGUUGGUGAUGAUCCCGAGGGGCCUUCAUUCCGCAUCGCGGUGCCACCUCACGACGGCUUUCAGGAGGCCGGCUACAUCAUCACCGACCGGCGCCAUGGCAACAAGGAAACGGAGUUUCUACUUCACUUUUCCUACUGCAGCCACAAGGCUGACCGUUGGCUGACGCGUUCGGAACUGCAGGUCACCGCCCCCGCAGUUCUCUCACGUUAUUUAAGCAAGGAGAAAACUACGCCGGGCACUUAAGCUCCCCGGCCUCCUCGCUACGUUCUGCCAUCAGAUUGG